AAAAAAAAACUCUCUCCUAUUCAACCCCAAAACACAACCAACCACAAGAUAAGCAAGAACUUGUGCACGCCACUAACUUGCUGCCACGAUGGCACCCUUGAUUCUCCCCCAACACUACUUGGUUCUCCUCACUGAACUCAACUUCUCACUCACACUCACUUCUCUUCCUCCAAAUUAGUUCCAACACAAACACAAACACACACACAUACAUAAACCAAGCAAAGAAAGACUCUACAAACACUUCACUACUCAUACAAUAUUUUCAGACACAACAUGUUGAAGGAAGGCACCAACAACGUUGGUGGCAGCACUGGCACCUGGUCACAUGUCUGCGACACGUGCCGGUCAGCGCCAUGCGUACUGUACUGCCAUGCAGACUCAGCAUACCUUUGCUCAUCCUGCGAUGCUCGUGUCCAUGCGGCUAACCGUGUGGCCUCAAGACACGAGCGUGUGUGGGUGUGCGAAGCGUGUGAACGUGCUCCCGCAGCGUUUCUAUGCAAAGCCGACGCAGCUUCUCUUUGUUCUUCCUGUGAUGCUGACAUUCACUCAGCAAACCCUCUCGCUAGCCGCCACCACCGCGUGCCCAUUCUCCCGAUCUCUGGUUCCCUCUUCGGGGAACCAGAGCAUGAACGCGUGUACGCGUUCGUGAAUGAAGUGGAAGCGGAGGAGGAAGAGGAAGAGGUUUUUGAUGAGUAUGAUGAGGUUGAAGCAGCUUCGUGGUUGUUGCCACAUCCUAUGAAAAAUGAUAAAAUUGACGAGAAUGGUGGUGAUGAGGGUUUUUUGUUUGGUGAUGAGUAUUUCGACAACCUUGUUGAUUGUAACUCAUGUGGUCACAAUAACAACCAGUUUAGCAACGUUUAUGAUCAGCACCAGCAGAAUUACAGCAACACUGUCCCUCAGAACUAUGCAGUGGUUCCAGUUCAGGUGCCGCAGCAUUUUCAACCGGGUUUGGACUUUGACUCAUCAAAAGCUGGGUUCAGUUACGAUGGUUCUCUUAGUCAAAGUGUUUCGGUUUCAUCGAUGGAUGUUGGUGUUGUACUCGAAUCAACAAUAAGUGACAUCUCAAUGUCCCACUCAAAGUCGCCAAUAGGGACAACUGACCUAUUUCCUCCCCUUCCCAUGCCUUCACAUCUCACACCAAUGGACAGAGAGGCAAGAGUCCUAAGAUACAGGGAGAAAAAGAAGACAAGAAAAUUUGAGAAGAAAAUAAGGUAUGCCUCAAGGAAGGCCUAUGCAGAGACUAGACCCCGCAUAAAGGGUCGUUUUGCAAAGAGAACCGAUGUAGAAGCUGAAGUGGACCAGAUGUUCUCCACAACACUAUUCACUGAAGUUGGAGGUAGCAUUUUUCCCACUUUCUAGAAUGGAAAGAAAGUAAUGGCCAGGCCAUAAAAGAGAAGGUUGAGAACCACAUCAUUGGAAGCACUUCAUGUCAUUUUUACGUAGUCUAAUUAGUUUGGUCUUAUAUUUAUUUCUAUACUAUGCUUUAUAAAUAUAUAGUAUAGUUUUAUGUCGUUAAAUAUAUUGUCUACAUACACCUUCCUUCUCAAAAUUUUGCCUUAUAAUAAUUUAAUUUCUGAUCAA